CUAUAGACUCAGCGCGGCUCCCAACUACAGUCUAUGACUUUAGUUACGCCUGCGCACAAGGCUGCCCGCCUGGGGAACUCCGGGGAGAGUCUGGCGGCUCCCCCUCCCCGAUCGGGGGAGGAAGCGUGGCCUGGGCGCUGCGGGACCCACCCGCCGCACUGGGAGCCGGGGCUGCGGCUGGACGCCAGCGGGGGCUGUGCGCGGGGCUGCCGCGAGAGCUCGCUGGGGACGUGACUCCUGCGGGACGCCAGGGAAAGGGGCGGCCCUUCCCGGCGGGGCCGCCAUGCUGCGAGCCCUGCUGCGGCGCUGGGCGUCCUACAGGUACCGCUUCGUGCCCUGGAUCGCGCUGCACCUCCGCCACAAGCGCAGGACCAUCCGAUACGUACCAGAAAAGUCCAAAGACAAAAUUAUCUCUGAUGAAGAUGUCCUUGAAACACUGCUGAAAAUCUUUAAAGCUCUGUUCGUAAAUAACUUUAGUAGACAAAUGGACUUCCUUGCCUUACUUCCAGAAGUUAAAUCCGAAUAUCUGAAAUUACUGACUAUUCAGUAUAAGAGAUCAAAAACAACUGGUUACAACCAUCAAAGUCAAAAUAUCUUUAAUCCGGAAGAAGUUCUGUUUAAUACAUUAGGGUUCAGUAUUACUCGAGAUCGGAGUUCACUGAUUUCUGCUGGAACAGGAGUCUUUGUUACCAAAGGUUUUGUGCCAAAAGGGGCCGUUGUAUCUAUGUAUCCUGGUACAGUAUAUCAAAAGUAUGAGCCCAUCUUUUUCCAGUCCAUUGGCAAUCCAUUUAUUUUUAGAUGCAUAGAUGGUGUACUUAUUGAUGGGAAUGAUAAAGGAAUAUCAAAAGCGGUGUACAGAUCAUGCAGCAAGAGGGAUCAACUUGGUCCUUUUCAAAUGAGUGACAUCACUUGGCUCACACCUGCUGUGCAAAAUCCACUGGCAAUAGGGCAGUAUGUUAACAACUGUUCACACAGUAAGUUGGAAGACAAGGCAGCCAACGUCUGUUAUCAGGAGUUUGAUGUGCCUGAAUAUUUUCCAGUAGAACUGAAACAGUAUCUUCCAAACAUCACCUACAGCCAUGACAUGCCUAUCCCCUUGAGGUGUGUGGUUCUUGUCGCUCUCAGAGAGAUUAAGCAAGGAGAAGAGCUUUUUUCUAAUUACUACACCAUUGUCAACUGAAUCAGUGAAACCAUGGAUUAAAGAAUUCUUUGCCAUUAAGAUAUUUAUUGUGUGUACACUUGGCAUCUGUGUAAUGGAGAGCUGUGCUUUCCAAUUCAAAAUGGGCUACAAAGCUGUAUUUUCAUGUAAAUAUUAUUUCAAUUUUGAUACAAUUGUGGAGGUUUGCAGCUGUUUACAUCAUUAAGUUUACCGAUGCUAAUGAUACUGCUAGUUUAAUUGGUUUUCAGCUAACUGUACAAUAGCUCAUUAAAUUAAAAUCUAGUUUCUGAA